AUGGAGAGCUCAAGAGUGUUUGUGUCUGGCAUACCGCCGACCUUCACCAAUGAUCAGCUUAAGAAGCAUUUUGCAACUCGUUUCCAUGUCACAGAUGCUCAUGUCUUGCCGAAGCGCAAGAUCGGGUUCGUUGGGUUCAAAGACCCUGAGAUGGCCAAGCAGGCUGCUGGCUAUUUCAACAAAACCUAUGUCAAAAUGUCAAAGAUCUCUGUAGAGAUUGCUCGCCCUAUCGAUUCUACACCUGAUGCUAAGAAAGACGCCGGGUCUUCUGCGGCCGAUGCUUCCACUGACGGGACUAACCUCAAGCGGAAGCGUGGAGAGGACCAGGCCAAGCAUGAUUCUCGACUGCAAGAGUAUCUUUCAGUAAUGCAGCAUCCUUCCAAAACGAAGACGUGGGCGAACGACGACAUCCAUAGGCCAGCCGAAGCACACGCACCAGCACCUGAACAGCCUGAGACGGAACCUUCUCAGGAUAUCGCUGCUUCGCAGAGAAAGAGGGUCAAAGUGGAUGAUCCUGCGGAGGUCUCGCAUGCGCCCAAGAAUCAGGAAAGGGCGCAACCGGAACCGAUGGUUAUUGACCAGAGUGGCAAUGAGGAGAAUGCUGAAAAUGAGCAGGACGCUUCUGAGAAACAGGCUGAACCAGUUUCUGACAGCGACUGGCUUCGUUCGAAGACGAGUCGUCUCCUUGGUCUUCUGGACGAGGAUGAGCAAGCUGAGUUUGACGCGAAACCCGAAGAACCAGCUGCCAGUCCCAUCAAGGCCCGUGUUGAGCAGAAACAAACUCCUGUCGAGGAGAGUGAACCGGAAGACAUGGAGAUAGUAGAGGCAGAAGAGCAAGCAGAAGAGCACGACCCGAAUGUCGAGCUUGUUCGCAACUCUGCACGUCUUUUCGUCAGAAAUCUUCCCUACGAUACGACUGAGACGGAUCUCGAGCCAACGUUUUUGCCAUUUGGAAAAGUCGACGAGAUUCACGUCGCUUUCGAUACACGACACUCCACCAGCAAGGGAUUUGCUUAUAUUCAGUAUUUCGACCCCAAUGCUGCUGUCGAGGCCUAUAAGAAUCUCGAUAAAAAAAUAUUCCAAGGUCGUUUAUUGCACGUAUUACCAGCUGCCGCAAAGAAGACCUACGAGAUUGACGAGACGGAGUUGUCGAAAUUGCCGGUGAAGAGGCAAAAGCAAAUAAAGCGAAAGCUGGAAGCCUCGUCAGCCUCGUUUAGCUGGAACUCGCUUUAUAUGAACGCAGACGCUGUGAUGUCUUCAGUUGCGGAGAGACUUGGAGUAUCCAAGUCGGAUCUUCUCGACCCCACGUCAUCGGACGCUGCAGUGAAGCAAGCUCAUGCUGAAACACAUGUCAUCCAAGAGACUAAGGCUUACUUUACAGCAAACGGUGUCAACAUCGAGGCUUUCAAACGGCGAGACCGUGGUAACACCGGCAUCUUAGUAAAGAACUUCUCGUAUGGUAUCAAGACGGAAGAUCUUCGGAAACUGUUUGAGCCGUAUGGUCAACUCGUCCGACUUCUGAUGCCCCCCAGCGGCACAAUAGCCGUCGUCGAAUUCGCUAAACCUGAUGAAGCACAGAAAGCGUUCAAGGGCCUUGCGUACCGGAGAUUAGGCGAAUCGAUCCUUUUCCUUGAGAAAGCGCCCAAAGAUCUCUUUGAAGGUCCGCCAUCUUUGCAGCUCCCCGCUGUCGAACCCAAGGGUGUUUCCCAGGGCUUCUCAACUGCAGAUACUUUUGCGGCUGGUGAGCCCGAGGAUACUGUGCCAACUUCAACUCUCUUCGUAAAGAAUCUAAACUUCGCUACGACUAAUGAUAAGUUUGUGGAGAUGUUUCGGCCGCUGGACGGCUUUGUCUCGGCAAAACUCAAAACGAAGCCCGAUCCUAAGCGACCUGGGCAGAAGCUUAGCAUGGGUUUUGGCUUUGUUGAUUUCCGAAGCAAAGAACAAGCCCAGGCCGCUUUAUCAGCGAUGAAUGGCUACACGCUUGACCAGCAUCAACUGGUGAUUCGGUUGUCGCACAAGGGUGUGGAUGCUGCGGAGGAGAGAAGGCGCGAAGACACCGCCAAGAAGGUUGCCGCCCGGAGAACCAAGAUCAUCAUCAAGAACUUGCCCUUCCAAGCCUCGAAGAAGGAUGUCAGAUCGCUUUUUGGAGCCUACGGGCAGCUUCGCUCUGUCCGGGUUCCCCAGAAGUUCGACCGGUCUGCUCGUGGCUUUGGUUUUGCUGACUUUGUAAGCGCUCGCGAGGCGGAAAAUGCUAUGGACGCAUUGAAGAAUACACACUUGUUAGGUAGAAGACUGGUGUUGGAAUUCGUCAACGAGGAGGCGAUCGACGCCGAGGAGGAGAUCCAACAGAUCGAAAAGAAAGUAGGAGAGCAACUGGACAGGGUCAAGCUCCAAAAGCUCACGGGCACCGGUCGGAAGAAGUUCACCGUAGGGGCUCAGGACCACGAGGAGACAUGA